GCGAUGCGCGCCAAGUUCAUCAGCCUGCACGGCGGCAGGUUCACCGCGGGUGGGCGGGCGCAGAAUCUUGUUGUGCGGCGAAGUCGAUUGGCGGAACUAUGCUGCCAAUCAACAUCUUGAGCGACGCAUGAUUGUUUGUCUCUGCGUGAAUGGGCGGGAGCCGUGGGUUGUUUGGCUGCGGAGCUGAUUAGCAGGCAAGGUGCCAAUCAGCACCUAACGCGGUGGAUUAUUGGUCAAUUCGGCGCGGGUGGGCGGAAGGAGAAGGUUGUUUGGCUGAUGUAGCGGCCGGCUUGACGAAGCCGAUUGGCGGGACGGAAUGCCACCCGCCUGCUGAUUGGGCUUGAUGGAACGGGCGGGAACAGAAGAUUUUAUUGGCCGGAGGGAGUGCGGGAGUGCAUUGGCAGGUCCGGCCGUCGGUCAGGGGUCGAGCCUAUGAUGAUUGGUUCUCCCUGGGAGAGAGGGUGGGAGCUAAUGAAUGAUUGGCGGUUCUGAAUGUCAAUCAGUGGCCCCGUUGGAGGGGGAGGGAGGAGGUUUCCGGCCGGCGGCAGACGCGCACGGAGGCAGAGAUCGAGUGAGUGAGCGGCCGGACGGUGGAGGGCGGACAAGUGAGGCUCAGGCUUCAGUCCACAGUGCCAUGAACGGUUCCUUGACGCCUCCCCCUUCGGGGGAAUCAGAAAACCCACCCCUGGCGCCCCCAGCCUGGCAGGACUUCUGUGAGCUCCAGGCUGCCGCUGCAGCUGCUGACUUUGCCCGGCGCUGCAGGCGAUUCCUGGCCCUCCACCCCAACCAGGAGGUGCCUGGGGGGGGCUCAGCCCUCUCCCGACACUUCGUCCGCCACUUCCUGGACCGUUUCCGGCAGGAGCUGGCUGCCGGCGGAGGGGGCGCUCCCCCCUCCUCCUCCUCCCCAGCCCCCUCUCCCUCACCCUCACCCACCCCAUCCCCUUCCUCACCCCCUGCCCACCUCUCCCGUAGCACAGAGGAGUUGCCAGGUCCCCGUCCACUCCCCAAGCCCCGUCUGCGCAAACGGUUCUCCCUCAGAAGCGUCGGACGCUCGGUCAGGGGAAGCGUCAGGGGGAUUCUCCAUUGGAGGAGUGGAGGAGGAACGGGGGCUUCCGAAGAGGAGGAGGCAUCGGAGGAUGCAGGUGGGGCGAGGGAGCCAACCUCUGAGCGGUGGUCCCACCGCCUGGAGAGGCUGAGGCUGGGCAGGAGCCCACAGCGACCCCCUGCCCUGGACCCCCGGGAGGUCAGGCGGACAGGCCUCCUGAACUACGUGGCGGCCGAGGAAGCAAUCAGCGGUGGCAGGGCACGAUGGAGUAAGUGCCGGUUGGUGCUGCGCCAAGCUAGCCAGGAAGAGGGCUACCGGCUGGAGUUCUAUGUCCCACCAAAGGCCACCAAACCUCGUGUCAGUAUUCUUUGCUCCUCAAUUGUGGACGUUAGAACGAGUACUUCCCUUGAGAUGCCUGACAAGGAGAAUACUUUUGUAUUAAAGACGGAUGACCUGACGGAUUAUAUCUUGGAGACGGUCGAUUCUCUGCAGAUGAAGUCCUGGCUGGCCGAUAUUCAGGAGUGCAUGAGCCCUGGAGACGGCGAGGAGGAGACGAGUCUGGGAUGCAUGAACCACUCAGAGAGUAUGCCCAGCAGGGACCUGCCCAUCCUGCCCUGCAGCAGUGCAGAGCAUAUCUCACAAGGUGCCUACGGUGGGCUGUCGGACCGCCCGUCCACCUCUGUCUCCCCUAGCUCUGUCUCCGUCACCCCCACCCGCUUUGGCUCGCUGGAGCUCUCCCCUCCUGAGUUACCCCCCCGCAUCCCCAUCGAGGAGACGCUGGAGAGGCUACAGACCCUCCCCACCCCACUCCCGGACACCCCCGACACAGCAGGCUCGACCUUCAUUUUCCAGAUCGACCAGGACCUGGGGGAGGGAGAUCACCCUCUCUCUGAGUACCCCUGGUUCCACGGAACCUUGUCCCGUCUGAAGGCAGCACAGCUGGUGUUGGCAGGGGGAGUCAGCAGCCACGGCGUCUUCCUGGUGAGACAGAGUGAGACCCGGAGAGGAGAGUACGUCCUGACCUUCAACUUCCAGGGCAAGGCCAAGCACCUCCGCCUCUCCAUCAACGAUGAGAACCAGUGUCGAGUGCAGCACCUCUGGUUCCAGACGAUUUUUGACAUGCUGGAACACUUUCGUGUCCACCCCAUCCCCCUGGAGUCCGGUGGCUCCAGUGACGUGACACUGGCCAGCUACGUGGUGUCCUGCCAACGGUCGCACGAAAUGAGCACCUUUCAUAGCCCAGCUCCCCCACCCCUGCCGCCGGCCCCUGCCUCCCGGCACCAGAGCACAGAGGAAGGGGGCACUAGCCGCUCCUGGUACAGCCCGGGUGCUUCACCACCUCCUCCUGCCCGCCCACCCCCCCCACCCUGCUCCCCCUCUCCUCCUAGAGGCCCCCCCCUCCCCCAGGAGGGGGCAGAGGGAGGGGAGGGGGAGGAGGAGGUUGGGGGUGAGGCAUCAGGGAGGGGGGAUGAGGGUGAGGAGGAGGAGGGGGAAGGGACAGAACGGAUUUCCUGCUGUCCCCCGCCUCCGGAGUCAUCCCGAGAGCGUAGGCCUCCGCUCCAGCCCCUCUCCGCUGCGGAGGAGCCUCAGGAAGGGGGCCACACUCGGGCCGUGGACAACCAGUACUCCUUCAUCUGAGGGGUAGGGCCUAGAGGGUUAGGGUGCAGACAAGUUUGAACACCCCAUUCCCACCCUGCAACUCACCGCCACGACUCGACUCUCUCCGGAGCCGGCGCUGGAACAGGAAUGGAAAGUGGGGUGGGUGGGUGGGGGGCUACAUCUGCCUCCCCAAGGGUUAACUGGGGGUGGGGAAGAGAGGGGAACCUGAGUAGUAGGGGAGGUGGUAAAGGCGCCCACAGGGCACUGUAGGUGUAUCGUGGACCCUAAUGUACGUACACACGCAGCCUGAACACUAAUCUACAUUCUGGAGACGCGCACACAGACACACACAAUCCUAAUAGAUUUUCAACACUAAUGCACACACACAUACACAUGAUACUAAUGUGUGUGCACUACCGGACACUAAUACACACACAAAACAACAGAACACUAACUAACACUGUAACACUGAACACUAAUUCUCUCCCUCACCCACUUCUUUAAUAGCCCCCUGUACCAACCACUCACCCCCUCACACCCCUCCCACCUUCUGCCCGAUCCUGAUCGGGGUGCCACCACUCCCCAGUCCCAUUAAUUCAUUGCUGCUGGCAUACAUGCCCCGUUUCUCCCCCCCCCCCCCCCCCCCCCAUCGAGCAGUCUGAAUCAUCACCCACAUGCACCCACCUCUCCUUUUCAUCUUGUUUAUCAUUUUUUUGGAUAAAACUUUUUGUGUAGUGAUGUUACCUUUUUAAAUUAUUUAUUACUCUUUCCUGCCCCGAUUGGUGGCUUUCCACAGGGAAUAGCUGCCACGGUUCCUUUAACCUUGUACAUUUUCUCUGACCCUGCUUGUCUGUUAUGUCUAUUUACAAUUAAAAACAAAUGUUCAAUCAAUUUUCCUGAUUUCUGAUCAUUUGUCAGAGACACAAAAGCGUCCGUACUGUGUGGAACCACGCCAUUCACUCCCCGCUUCCCUGGGUGGGGUUAUUCUGUACACAC